AUGACUCUUGAGGCAGCCUUAUAUUUAUGGUUUACACAAAGAAGGAGCUUAGGUGAACCAAUAUCAGGCCCGCUUCUUUGUGAAAAGGCUCUAGAUUUUAAUAAACAACUUAAUGGGCCUCCUGAUUUCAAGGCCAGUAGUGGGUGGCUGGCUAAGUUCAAACAAAGGCAGGGAAUAAGACAGCUUGAUGUUCAAGGGGAAAUGCUAUCUGGUGAUUCUGCAGAAUCGUUUCUAAAAACUUUUGAAAACAUUACCCUUGAUAAGCAAUUGUCAAGGGAUGAUGUUUAUAACGCUGACGAAACUGGGAUAAAUUGGCGCUCCUUGCCGAGAAAAUCUCUUGCAUCACGUAAUGAAACUCGUGCUCCUGGCUACAAAGUGAGCAAAGACAGGGUGACAGCUAUGGUUUGUGCCAAUGCAAGCGGCACGCAUUCUCUUCCUUUACUGCUGAUUGGUAAAAGCAAAAAACCUCGUUGCUUCAAGAAUGUGACAUGCCUUCCCGUCAUUUAUAGGGCACAAAAGAGUUCAUGGAUGACGUCCAAUAUUUUUCUUGAUUGGUACUCUAACACUUUCAUACCAGAGGUUAAGAAAUUCAGAGAAAGCCAGGGGAAAACUGGAAAAGUUAUGUUGAUUAUUGACAAUGCCCCCACACAUCCUGAUAUUGACCGCAUGAACGGCAUUGACGACAACUUUACUGUCAUGUUUCUCCCACCAAAUGUGACAGCCCUCCUCCAGCCAAUGGAUCAGGGCGUAAUUGCCAAAAUGAAAAAGAUUUACAGGAAAGAGGUGCUUCGGCGGCUACUUCUAGCAGAUCGAAAUGAUGGGCUCUGGCUGAUGCAACAGAGUGGCUCAACAGUGAUAUUAAUGAGCAUGGUUACCAAAUCUACAAUGAAAACGAGACAGCAGUGA